AUGCGAGGCUACGCCGGCAUGGUUAUAACCAUGUUCAUCACGCUGUUCUCGGUACUGUACAUGGUUCCUCUGGUGCGCACCGUAGCGCAUGUGAUGUCCCUCGCCAUUGUCACCACAAUCGUCUCGCACUACUUGGCCGUCUGGCUGCUCAAGAUGCUCACCUACAAGGUGGUGCCGGCCAAGGGCAAGAUCGUCGUCAUAACGAGAUGCGAUAGCGGCUACGGCAACAAACUCGCGCUGGAGCUUGACAAACGAGGGUUCACGGUGGUGGCAGGCUGCGUGAGCAGAGAGAGCCCCGGCACCCAGCAGCUCAAGCUUCAGGGCUCCUCCAACAUCCACCUGGUCGAGACGGAUGUCACGCAGACCGAGUCGCUGGCCGAGUUUGAGAAUCAAGUGCGAGCCCUGUGCAAGGACGAGAGCCACCUGUGGGCCGUCAUCAUCAACCUGAGCGUGGUGUCGCUCGGCGAGCUGGAGUGGUACGACGACGACGACAUGCGCUGGACCUACGAGGUGAACGUACUCAGCGUCGCGCGCGUGGCCAGGGUGUUCCUGCCGUUACUGCGCCAGUCGCCGUACAGCGGCCGGCGAUUCGUCAUCGUGAACAGCGUGUGGAGCCGCAUGGCCAUGCCAGGCACAGGACCGUACUGCAUGAGCAAGUACGCCGUGCGUUGUUUCACAGAGGUUCUGCGCCGUGAACUGCUCAAGUUCGGCAUCUACGUGGUAGCCAUCGAGCCGAACCUGUACCGGCUUCCGCAAACGGAACCCAGCUCGCUGCUAAAGUCCUACAAGUACAUGUGGGAUAAACUCCCCGACGAGACCAAGGACCUAUACUCCAGGAGCUACGGUGACGAGAUGGAGGCCAACAUCCGGAACAUUAUAGUGAAGGAGCCAGACCCCGUAGUUCGAGAGGUGGCGAAGAAAAUGCUCGAUUCCGUACAGACGGCGUAUCCCAGCAGGCUCUACCAGCCGGACCAGUUGACGCGCAAGAUUCUGUACGUCGGUUUCCGUUUGCUGCCAGACGAGAUCACCGACUUCUGGCUUACGGAGAUAUCCGGACUUAUGAAAGCUUGA